AUGCCACCUCAACUGACUGGGGCUAGAGUUGCGGGAUUAAUUGACCAAAGCACGGGUACAUGGGACUAUCAUUUGCUCACUAAUAUUUUCCAACCAGAUGAUGUGCCUAGAAUUUUGAAGCUACCAAUUUCCCGAGAUUAUGAAGACAUAUGGUAUUGGUAUGGGGAUCCCAAUGGUUGUUACUCUGUUAAAGAUGGCUACAGAUGCAUUGUUGGAGACUAUGAGAUCAAUAAUAAUGGGACCUUUAAUAAAUGGCUCACUUUAUGGAAGAUCAAAAUCCCACCUAAAUGGAAAACUUUUCUUUGGAGAGCUUUAAGUGAUAUCCUUCCCACUACUAACAAUUUGCUUAUAAAGAGGGUAGAGGUUAAUCCGAUGUGUGCCAUGUGUGGGAUCUCUAAUGAAGACACUAUGCACUCAUUAGUUUUGUACACUAAUGGAAUUAUUUACGCAGCUGCAAUCUUAUACCACAUUUGGAGAGCACGAAACGGAGCUGUUUGGGAUGCCUGUCUACCAAGGCCAAAGAAAGUUCUUGCAAUUGCUACCGCCACCAUGCAAGCAUGGCGGGCUGUCCAUCACCGAACGACCGCCCAUACGGCCGCCGAACACACUGCUCAGGCCGCCGCUGUUUCUGUCGAACACCCACUGCUGGCCGUCCACAUUGUCCACGCCGCUACAGCUCUCACCGCCGAACAGCCACCCUCACCACCGUCGUUGCAACCUCAUCAGUCCUACGUUGCAGCUACAAGGCCGAAAAAAUGCUACGUGGAUGUCGAGUAUCACCAUGGAGUGAAUUCGGCCACGGUUGGAGCAAUUCUCCUCGAUGUCGACAACCAAUAUAUUUCAGCCUUUAGCGCCCUCCUCCUGAAUUGCUUCUCCCUGCUCAUGGCCGAGGCGUUUGCAUACAGAGAAGCCUUGUCAUGGCUAAGGGCACGUGGUGAACAGACGGUACAGGUUCAUACGUACUGUCAAACUUUAUAG